AUGAAUCUAGAGUGGUGUAACCAACUUGGGGCGAUCAAGUACCUUUUCAAGUAUAUUAACAAAGGACCAGACCGGAUCCAGGCCGCAUUUGUUCAACCCGGAAAGGAAAAAGGUAAGAAGAAAACUGAUGAGGACCGUGAUGAAAUUGGUGAGUAUUACAACUGUCGAUAUCUUUCGGCAUGUGAGGCUGCAUGGAGGCUUUUUGGGUAUGAAAUUCAUUAUAGAACACCUUCUGUUGAAGUAUUGUCGUUUCAUCUCGAGAACGAACAACCGGUUGUAUAUCGAGCAAAUCAAAAACUUGGUAAAGUUGUAUCCAAACCUACUGUUGCCACUUCUCAGUUUUUGCAAUGGAUGGAAUGUAAUAAGCAUGAUGAGGUAGCAAGAAGUCUAACUUAUGUCAAAUUCCCGAUGAAAUUUGCGUGGAUCAAGUCUCAUCGAGUUUGGUCAAAAAGAAUAAGUUCACCGCCAGCCCUUGGUAGACUAAAUUACGUAUCUCCCAAAUCUGGUCAACUAUAUUACCUACGAAUUUUGCUGAACAAAGUGAAGGGUCCUAUGUGUUUUGAGGAUAUUAGGAGGGUUAAUGGUGUCGUACAAGAGACUUACAAAGAUGCCUGCUAUGCUCUUGGGCUAUUAGAUGACGAUAAAGAGUAUAUUGCUUCAAUCAAGGAAACGCAUCAAUGGGCGACUGCUUCUUUCUGUAGGUCACUAUUUGUCAUGUUGGUGACAUCAGAUACUUUGUGCAGACCUGAUCAUGUCUUCAAAGAAGCAUAUCAAUAUCUUUCGGACGAUGUCGUUCACGUUCGGCAACAAGAAAUGGGAGUUACAGGACUGAAGCUUAAACCGGAGGCAAUUUUCAAUCUCACGUUGGCAUACAUAGAGAAAUUUUUAUUGUCUUCGGGAAUGAGUUUGAACAAUAUACCGAACAUGCCACUUCCUGAUCACACAUAUAUAUCAGAGUCAUGCAAUAUGUUAAUCCAAGACGAGCUCAAUUAUGAUCCACCUACUAUUGAAGUUGAGCACAGAGAGUUGUAUGGUACCGGAAAAACGUAUGUUUGGAAGACGUUGUCAGCUGCUAUUACAUCAAGAGGUGAAAUAGUGAUCAAUGUUGCUUCAAGCGGAAUUGCUGCACUUUUACUUCUUGGAGGGAGGACUGCUCAUUCGAGGUUUGGAAUUCCAAUUAACUUGAAUGAAGAUUCUUUUUGUUAUGUGAAGCCAGACAGCGACCUUGCUGCCCUGUUGAAUAAAGCAAAACUUAUCAUUUGGGAUGAAGCUCCAAUGAUGCAUCGUCAUUGUUUUGAAGCCUUUGAUAGGACACUAAGAGACAUCAUCCAAUCGCCAUACAGACAUAAACCAUUUGGAGGUAAGACCGUUGUAUUUGGAGGUGAUUUUUGUGACAACCGUCAUCUGAGCGUCUUUUCAGAGGAAGGACCGAUUUGUCAUGAAGCAGAGAAUGCGCAGUAUGAGGAGGCAGUGAACAAGGAGAUCAGUGAAUACUAUGCGGACGCUGAUGAGAGAAUUAGUAUUGGAAAUGUACUAAAAGAGCCUAUAAGUGGUGACAUAUGUUUUACUUACAAAAACUUCAAGGAUUGUUGUGUGCAAGAUUAUGACGACAGAGGUGGAGCAGUCGAGUUUACUCAAUAG